GUAUAUAUAAGGACCACAGUACCCGGAAUUGGCAUCACACUACAUCAAGUAUACACAUCGACCAGGUUGAAGUUUGCAGAUUCGUUGUAGACAACGCAAGAAAAAAUCACCAAACACGAAAUGGCUUUUUUCAAGAUUCUGAUAUUCAUCACCUUGGCCGUGUACUCCGUUGUCGCCGAAGAAGGAGUAAGAACAAAGAAACAUGCCUACCUCUCCGCUGCCCCAGCUCCGGUUUUGGGUUAUUCUGCCUCAGCCCCUGGUUCGUUCUCAUAUGCAUACUCCGAUUACACCAACUAUCCGUACAGUUAUCCAGUAGUAGGAGCUGCAGCAUACCAUGCACCCGCCGCAUACCCGGUAGCAGCGUACCCAGCGUCAGCUUAUGCCACCCACGCAUACCCUGCAAUCUACCACGAAGAUGAUGGCCAAUACUGGCCCGGAAAAUACGAAAAGGCGUAUAUCCCAGCUUACAAAGCCGGGUACCCGAGCUAUCCCGAAGAUGACGGCCAAUACUGGCCCGGCAAAUACGAAAAAUCCUACAUCCCAGCUUACAAAGCCGGACACCACUACUGAACACUCUCGCAACUAUGAUUCUCAACCUUCCACGGAAAAAACACCGUAGUCUUUAAAUUUUAUUUUUAACAAUAAAAACGUGAUCUUUUUUUCAUCAA